CCACCAUUCACAUCUACCAAGAGCGAUGGAUGCUCCUUCUCCGCAGCUCGCGAGUAAUCCAAGAGUCACUUCGACUUCACUAUCCUCCGUCGUCUUUGUCUUUAUCUCUAUCUGUCUUAUCUUCUUUGGCUCUGCGAAAUCUGAUUCUUCUUCUUCUUCGUCGUCGUCUUCGUCGUCCACAAGGUUUUACGCAGAAUCUGCACAACAAGAAGCAGCAAAAGGUGUUGGGUAUGGCUAUGGUGUUCGAAGUGUGAGCACUGAUCUAUCACGAAAAUCUCUGAGCGCUUCGCUUGAUCUUAUCAAGCCUUCUUCUGUUUACGGACCUGAUGUUCCUCAUCUCUCCCUUACAGCCAGUUUUGAGAGCGCAGAUUGCUUCCGAGUGAAAAUCACUGACUCAACAAAACAAAGAUGGGAAAUCCCGCAAGAAUUAAUUCCUCGUCAUUCCCGUUUUCCCCCUCGUUCCCACUCUCUCCAAAAUCAUUCUUCUCACCCCUCUCAACAUCAACAGCAGUCUCAUUCACAACAGUACUCUUUGAUUGAUUCCUAUUCAGACAUCGUCUUCACCCUCCACAACACCACCCCUUUUGGGUUCACGCUUGCUCGCAAAUCCUCAAACGACAUCAUCUUUAAUGCUUCUCCAAGCCCUGAAAACCCUUCAACAUUUAUUAUCUUCAAAGACCAGUACCUUCAACUCUCUUCCUCGCUGCCAAAAAAUAGAGCUUAUUUGUACGGUCUUGGAGAGCACACCAAGAGCUCGUUCAAAAUCCAACAUAAUCAGACCCUCACAUUGUGGAAUGCUGACAUUGGCAGUGCUAAUCUUGAUCAAAACCUUUAUGGGUCUCACCCAUUUUACAUGGAUGUUCGUUCUCCUUCAGCUGAUGGGAGAGUUAAGGCAGGGACAACUCAUGGGGUUUUGCUAUUCAAUAGCAAUGGCAUGGACAUAGUCUAUGAUGGUGAUCGUAUUACUUACAAAGUUAUUGGAGGUAUUCUUGAUCUUUACGUUUUUGCCGGACCUACGCCGGAGUUGGUAAUGGAGCAAUACACAGAACUAAUAGGUCACCCUGCUCCAAUGCCAUAUUGGUCAUUUGGGUUUCAUCAAUGUAGAUGGGGCUACAAGAAUGUAAGUGACGUUGAGAAUGUUGUUGCUAAUUAUGCAAAAGCAAGCAUACCUCUCGAAGUAAUAUGGACAGAUAUUGAUUACAUGGAUGCAUACAAGGAUUUCACACUUGAUCCCAUUAACUUUCCACUGAAUAAGAUGAAAAAGUUUGUUGAUACUCUUCACCAAAAUGGUCAGAAAUAUGUGUUGAUCUUGGAUCCAGGUAUCAAUGUAGAUAAGACAUAUGAAACCUUUAUGAGAGGUUUGCAGGACGAUGUCUACAUAAAGCGUGGUGGAGUAAAUUAUUUGGGUGAGGUUUGGCCUGGACCAGUCUAUUUUCCGGAUUUUUUAAACCCAGCUGGCCAAGUCUUUUGGGCUAAGGAAAUCAAUUCAUUUUGGAGUCUCCUUCCUUUUGAUGGUAUUUGGCUUGACAUGAAUGAGUUAUCCAAUUUUAAAACUUCACCUCCCAUUCCAUCUUCUAACUUGGAUAACCCUCCUUACAAGAUUAAUAAUGCUGGAAGUCUACAGCCUAUAAAUAGUAAAACAAUCCCAGCAACUUGUUUGCAUUAUGGUAACAUCACUGACUAUGAUGCACACAACUUGUAUGGGUUAUUAGAGUCCAAAGUAACUAACAAGGUCCUAAUAAAUCUAACUAGGAAAAGGCCAUUUAUUCUCAGUAGAUCAACUUUUAUAAGUUCAGGAAAGUAUACAGCCCACUGGACAGGAGAUAAUGCUGCCACAUGGAAUGAUUUGGCAUACUCAAUACCAUCCAUCUUAAAUUUUGGAAUAUUUGGAAUUCCAAUGGUAGGAGCAGAUAUAUGUGGCUUCUCAGGAGAUACAACUGAAGAACUUUGUCAACGUUGGAUACAGUUAGGGGCAUUUUAUCCCUUUGCAAGGGAUCAUUCAGAGAAAAGCUCAAGCCGUCAAGAGCUGUAUCUUUGGGAUUCAGUUGCUGCAUCAGCUAGAAAAGUACUUGGUCUUCGUUAUCGCCUCCUACCUUACUUCUACACAUUAAUGUAUGAAGCACAUGUAAAAGGGACACCCAUUGCACGACCUCUUUUCUUUUCAUUCCCUAAGGAUAUCACAACUUAUGAAAUCGACUCUCAGUUUUUACUUGGUAAAGGGGUGAUGGUGUCACCUGUUUUGAAGCCAGGAGCAACCUCUAUUGAGGCUUAUUUCCCUACAGGAAGCUGGUUUGACCUCUUCAAUAUCUCAAACUCAGUUAUUGCAAACACAGGAAAGAAUAUGAGGCUUGAUGCACCACCUGAUCACAUAAACGUUCACGUUCAUGAAGGCAAUAUCUUGGCUUUGCAUGGUGAAGCAAUGACAACAAAAGCUGCACGUAAGACACCAUUUGAACUUCUAGUUGUUAUUAGUAACAGCACAAAUAGUUCUGGACAGGUGUAUUUGGAUGAUGGGGAGGACCUUGACAUGGGGGAAGAGAAAGGGGAAUGGACACUAAUAAGAUUUUAUGGUGCACUGAACAACAAUAGCGUUUUUGUUGCAUCAGAGGUCACGAAUGGGAGGUUUGCUCUUGACCAAAAGUGGUUCAUAAAUAAGGUAACCUUUUUGGGGAUUCCUAAUAGAAAUAGAUUGAACAAUAGCUGGGAAGUGAAAGAACGGAGUAUCAUGGAGCGAUUAAACACAGAUGAAAAGACAGUUAUAAAAAGAUAUUUUGAUAGUUCCAAACACUUUGUUAUUGUUGAAAUUUCAGAAUUGUCUCUGCUUAUCGGAAAAGAAUUCAAGUUAGAAAUCAAGGUUUAAUAAAACUUGUUACUCAUGACAUAUUGGUCUGUAUUUUCUAAUGAUUGAAUAACAAUUAUGUUAUGCCUAAUUCAAUACUUUUGACUUGGCUCUUAA